AUGGAAGCAACCUCAUUUACUCCACGUCCCACGCUUCCCCUCCGGUGGUCUCCUGCCAAGUUGCGUUGCCGGAGAACACUUGUACCCGUAACAAAGAAGCCAAUAAUUGCAAGUGUGAGAAGAUCAGGGCAUGAUUAUGGUGGUAGGCCGGUGGAUGAGAACAUGAUCAUCCUCCGGAUGCGCAUUCGAGAGGCCAAGAUGUUGGAGGACAUCCGUUCGCCGCCCGAGAAUUGGAUGGAGUGGGAGAAACGCUACUCCGCACACUACAAUGAGGAUGUGUGUGAAGCAGUAGGGUUGUUACAGUCUUUUUUGAUGGAUACAAGGCCGUGUCUGGCUUUUGGGAUGGCCGCACUUAUUUUAUUGAGUUUGACCCUUUCAACUUCAGGAUUCUUGUUAUAUGUUAUACACAUAGCCAAACGACUCUUGUCUGGGUUUCAUCUAAGCUGA